AUGACUAAGGUGUACGACGUAGAUCUUGUAAUCAUACCUAGUUCAUAUAAAAAACAAUAUAUUUCGUUUCCUGAUAUUCUUACGAACAGUGAAAGUGAGUGGCUGGAGACGAUUUGCAAUCGUGCAAUCAAUGAAUCGAAUAAAGAUAGAGGAACUCUCAUUAUUUGUGAGACAAUCGCUCGUAGCCAACAACUAGCAGCGAAACUUCGAAAUUGCCGUCAUUCAAGUGCACUUAAAUUAUAUAUUAUGAAUAAUAUGGAUCAGGAAAAGAACGUAGAAAAAAUAAAACCAGGAGAAAUCAUUAUAGCUACGAACUUAGCAGGACGUGGUACAGAUAUAAAAACAGACGAUAUUAAAAAACACGGCGGUCUUCAUGUUAUUAUCACGUUUAUGCCAUCUAAUAAACGUGUCGAGGAACAGGCAUUCGGUAGAACCGCACGACAGGGUAAACCAGGUACUGGUCAAAAAAUACUAAAUACUAGCCAUUUAUCGAAUUGUAAAGAUUUGAACACUGAGAAAAUUACAGAAACAAGAGAUGAAAAUGAAAAACAAAAGCUAAAGGAUUUCAUGGAAGGAGAAUUAGAAGUAAUUAUUUUAAAAGAUGAUCUGUUUUUAAAAUUUUGUAAUUUAUUAAAAGGCAUACGUACAAAAAUUCGAGAGAAAGCAGAUAUCUCGAGAAAAUUAAAGCAACAGGCAACAGUUCUAUUCAAACAUGUCCAUCCUUCUGUAUUGGAAUCUAAUAUAAUUCUUAGUAUUGAAGAGCGUUGGGCUCAUUUUUUACGUAAAAUUGAUAGUGAAGAAUUUCCGAUUAAUAGAAAAAAAAUUGAGCAAGAUUAUGAAAAAUUUCAACAAGAAAUAAUUCAUGAUUACGAUCAAAACUGUGUCAUUAAAAAUCCAUAUUAUCAUAUAAUCAUCGGUAAUGACUUAGUUAUGAAUGAUUCUUUGUUAAACGACAACUAUGACAAAGCUAUGACACAUUUUGAUCAAGCGAUUAAACUUGAUGAGAGACAUUCAGCAAGUGUAUAUGUUGGUAAAGGCUGGUUAUUAUUAAAGGGUAUGAGACGAUUUAUGCUUCGAAAAAAGCAAGAUGUCAACUAUAAAAGCACAGCUGUCAUAGAAUUUAAUAAAGCACUUGUAGUUUUGAGUGAAGAGAUGAGCAUUCUAGCAACUAUGCAAAUACUACUUGAACAAAGAUGUCCACAUAUUCAAACUCCUCUAUCAAAGCAGUUAUUUCAAAAAAUCAAUAUUCUCACGAGUUACAUUAAUAGUCUAGAAAAAGCUAUAAGUAUUAUUGAAAAAUCUCAAAGAUUCAUUCAAAUAACAGAAAUAAGUCAACACUCAACUACAGAGGCUAAGUCGAACAGGAGAGGAGUGUUAAAGGAGACUAUUUUACAUGCUAAAUUUGAUAAAGAAAAUGGAAAAUUGUGCGAUAUCGAUUUGAUUUCUCCCAAUGAAGUACAUCGACAUUUAGCUUCCGUCAGAGAACGCAAAAAAAUUAUUAUUGUUGUUGAAAAUGAAAAUAUAUUUAAGGUUAUAUUUAAGCAAAAAGAAAAAAAUGAAUGUGAUUCGUUUACAAUAACAAAUCAACAUUUGAUCAAUGAUCUGUCAUCUUUUCAUCAUGAGGAAAUAACAAUCCUCGAUAGAAGCAAACAUUCAAGAGUUUAUGCAUUAAUUUACGAGGCUGUCACAUCGAAAAAUGGUUAUAUUCAACAAGAUUUUUUAGAACCUCUCAAAAGUUUAAAAGAUGGUAGAACAUAUGAAGUAGCUUUUAAUGACUUAACUGUCAGAAAAGAUUGUGGAACUAUUGAUCAAGCGAUAAAAACCAUCGACAGUGCAUUUUCUAAAACUGAACCAGAGUCAAAGAACGAUAGAGUCCUAAGUUUAAUGACUCUAUCAGUUCCCAAUCGUGUCAGAAAAAAUAUAGAGUUAAGCAGUGAUUAUAAAGAUAUUAGUAUUAGUAUAAUGGAGAUUAACGCAGGAGUUUUGAAAGAAUUUUUAAAUCCUAAUAUUGAAAUUAAACAAGUAACAAAAGAAGUAGCAUUAGCACAAUUAGAAGAUAAUAGUUCAUUUUUUCAUUGUCAUUUACUACCGGAAUUUUGGUCUCCUGAUUCAUGUAAAGUUAAUUUAGAAAUGAAAAUGAACAAUGGAAGACUAAAAGAAAAACAUGAUUUGCAGAUAAGAGACGUAAUACAAAUUAUCAAACAACAAACAGAAAAACACGUAGAUUUUAAUUUGACUUUUAUGGAUGCGAAUAAAGCAUCAAAAGUUUUGAAUGAAAAAGUCUUAAUUUAUUCAAAUCAAACUAUAGAAUUCAUUCAAUUCGACAAAGCAAAUGUACAAGAAAAAUUAAAUAAAAUACAAUCGCAGAAUGUUGUUCUUGAAAUAACUGACAGUAAAGAAGUAUUGAUAGAUGUUAUUAGUCUAUUAGAAACACAAUAUGUAGAGAUUUCUUUUGAAGAAAAGUCAAAUAAAAAUAUUGAAAGUAUUAAGAAAACAGUAGAGAGGGCAAAAGUUGAGGAAACGAUUAACAAAAUUAAUAGUAGCUUGGUGACUAUUGGAUUGAUCGAUAUAAAAAAAAGCAUUGCACAAGGGAUAAUUGAUAUGUGUCCAAAUGCAAGUUUUCUUAUUAGAUUUAUUAAUGUAAAACUUGAAAGUCUUCUAAAUGGUCUAGAUCAUGAAUUGGUAAAUUUUCACUUCGAUAAAUUAAAAAAAGAAACUGCAAAGAUUCUUAUUGAACAAGUACGAAAAAAGAAUCUUGAUUUUAUAUUAAAAUUUAAAAAUCUAACAAAUCAUCAAACACAACGACUUAUAGAAAUUGCUCCGAUAGAACAAGAGAACAUUGAUAUCAUCAAAGUGAAGACUUUAAGCGAUUUAUUUAUGAAUGAAUCAAUGCCACAAUUAGAACUUUCAGAAUUUUCUCAGCGAGGUAUCGAAUAUUUACUUCAAAUUAACGAGAAAGGAUUCAUUCCAUGGAGAAGUAUUGCAGUUGUAGUUAUGCUUGCUGCCAUUCAGAUGGGUGUAGGCGGAGCAUUGAUGGCGACCGGAGUCGGUGGUACUAUAGGGAUGGGUCUACUAACUGAAGGAUUAGUUGAUUUAACCAUCGCUGGUGUUGCUGCCUAUUCAAGAAAAUUUUCCUGGUCAAAUUAUGCGAAGCAGAAAACAUUAAGUUUGGCUAUAUCAGCAAUAUCAAUGGGAAUUUCAUCAAUAAAAGGUGCUAGUAAAGCAGCGCAAAACAUUGCAGUAGGAAUAGGAAGCGAAAUGAGUGAACAAGCAGCCACACAUACAAUAACACAUACUAAAACUAUAAUUCAUGGAAUAGCUAAGGUUGGACAUCAUGCAGGUGGUCAUGUUUUGAAAUCUUUCGCAAUACAAGCUGCUUCACAAUCACUAUUAGUUACUAGUAAGAUCAUAGCCGUUAGUGCACCUUUUGUAUUAGAGCGCUUAAAACCGUACAUAUCGAGAUUCAUACAAGAUAAGAUUGAGACGAAUUUUUACAAAUUUGGACUAAUAAAACUAAUGAGUAGAAUGUAUGCAAUCGAUUUAUUUAAUCCGCAAAAACAACUCACAAAAGUCAUCGAACACGUGGUAGAUCAGAUAGUUACUUUGAAUAAAGAUGAUUCUGAAAUACAAUGGAUCUCCAUCGCUAAACUAAUAAACAAGUAUAUUAAGGCAUCAGAUUUAAACGUCUUAGCAGGGACAUUCUGUUUAUGUAUGCAAACAAUCGGUAUUUUGAAGAAUAAAUCUGAAAUCGACGCUAUUAUUAAAAAAUUUUGCAAGCAACUUGAAGCGAAGCUUUCACAAUCGAACAAAAUUCGAUCAUCAAUAGAAUCGAUCUUAGUACUCCAUUGUGGUAUUAGUAAAGACAAUACGAAAGAUAUCAUACUCUCUCUGGAAACACAGAACAUCAUAAAUGAAUUAGGUGUCGUUGAUGAAAAUUCAUGUGACCAUGAUGUUCUAGAGAAAUUGAAUCGUUGUGAUUUUAAACAAUGUAACAUAUAUAAAAAGAAAGUUGUAGAUCUCUUAAAAGCAGUACAUACUAAUAUAUUGAGUACGGAGUUUAUCGAACUUAGUACAACAAUAAAGUUCAUAUCAGAUUCGAUGACAGAGUACAUAAUCAGAUAUACAGAAAUGCAACUUGCUAUAAACUAAAAGUUUUACCGUAACCCAAUUAACAAAAAACGAUUUGUCAAUGAUUUCAAUAUCUUUUUAUGGUUGAUAAAACAACAAAAUAAAGACUUUAGCAAGUAUUAAUAAAAAAUAUUAAUAUCCACGAAUACCAAUAAAAAAACAUGAAAAUGUUUCCGCACUUAGUUCACUCAAUUCGCUGUCUUACUGUAUUACUCCAACUGUUUGAUGGAAAUAUGCUACUUAAUGGAUAUUAAUAUUUUUUAUUAAUGAAUUGAAAUGAGAUCAUUUUUUAAUUGUCGUUCCAAAUCUCUAUAAAAUUACCUAUGAGUUUAAGUGAAGCGAUAAAAUCAGGAGAGUGAGAGUAGACAGAGAAAUAACAUGUUGGAAGUGUUAGAAAAGCAAGUGUCUGGAACAUCAAAUACUGUGAAUAAACGAAAUUUUGAUUAUAUAAAGUUGAUGGAUUAGUAUCCAUUCGAGAAUAAUAAUUCUGAUAGUGACUCAACGUUUCAACAAUACUUACACCUUAUCUUCAUGUCUAUCAAUAAAAUUUCCCGAUCUUUGAAUCAAAAAUAUAAAUCUCUACGUCCAGCAUUUUUACUUUUAUUGUGUUAAGAAUUUUUGAAAGUUCUUCGCUGACUUUGUAUAAACUAGUUCGAAAAUAUCUAAAAUCUUUCAACUGAACUUGUACUGAUCAAAGUCAUUAUAUUUCUAAUCACGAUAACACUAGAAUAUUCGAUUAAGUAUCUUUUACAUGUUUUGGUGUAGAAUCAAAAAUCUUCAUGUUGUGCUAAUAUAGAGUUUUCAAAAUUUUUAUGAGAGUUAAUAUUUUAUCGUUUGACUACUUAAAUGUUCGAAAUUAAUUUAUUUUUCUGUCACCUUAUUUUAUAUGUGCUAAUUGAUUUUUAUGAUUAUUUGACUCACUACUUUAACAUCCAUAAAUAACGACGAUGUAGUGAUAAUGAUCGUUUACAUUAUUGAAAAAAAUCAAGAAUUUUCGUAUCACUUUGGUUACUGAAAAUUACUGAUUCGUUUUGAAGAAGUUAAACAAUGGUAUGAGAAGUCUUUUUAAGCUCGAAAAAUUAUUACGGGUACCGAGCUGCUUAUUGAAUCGAAACUUAACAUUGAAUAGUGUUAAAAGUCGGUUUUUCCAUGUUCGUAUCGAACUUAGUAGAAAAAUUCACAUAUUUACAUGUAAAUCAUCUCAACGAAUUGAUGAAGAAAGAACUUUUCGGACCCUUUUUGUAUGUUGAUGUCUCAAAUCAUUCAGUCACCAUUUGAACCCCUUCAUAUUCAUAAAAAACGAGCUUCUUACAUUAAAAUAAAUUGUUCGUAUGACUUUCAGAUUUUAACUGACUUUAAGAAAAGAUAAAUUCUCUAGCAUAAAUAAUUAUUCGGUUUUUCAACUAAUAAAACUUGUUUAGAAAAAUAUUUUGUGUUAAACCAGAGAUGUUAAAAAUUCCUUUAUUUUUAUGCAUCAUCUACAUAUAUUUACCUUGUAUAUUUUUUCUUUUUCUUUAUUCAAAUUAUUCAUUUUUAUUUUAUUAUUUUUUCACGAAACAUAUAUUUAUUUUUGUGUUUCUAUGAUUAUUUUAUCUUGUCUAUAUUACUAGUAUACAACUAAAUAUUGUUUUUUUCCUUAUUGUUUGAAAUGUAAAUUCAUGACUAAGUCUGUAUAUUCCUUUUCUUCCUGUCAUCUUUUUUUGUCAACAAACAUUUUUUUCUCAUGAAUACCGAUACCCAACUGGAUAGAUGCGACGAAUUCAAGUAUCUCUUAACAAAAAGACUUGCACAAGCAAGAAAAGUCAAAUGAAUAAAUACAUUUAUCAGAGAAGAGUUGAGAAUUAUUCACAAACAAAUUCUAACGAUACCAAAAAUGAAAAUAAUGUUACAACACAUGGAUAAAUCCGGAGAAACAUUAACCGUAUCUUUUGCACAAUUCCCUUUGCUGUGUUACAUUUAACAUUUUCUGCUCUCUUUAAUGUCAAGAAUAUUUUUUAAUCUUGGCCUACUCAGAUAUUAAUAUAUCUAUGUGAAUGACAAACUUCAUGAAGAUUCUAUCGAGACAAGAGAAGAUUCAAUUAGCCUUAUGCCAGUAUAGUCAAGAUGAAAGAUAUGCUAAAGGUACAAUAUAAACAAAAAUAAUUCUAUUAUGACGUUAAAUCAUGAAAAUGUUUCCGGAUCUUCCUUGAAUUCGACGGUGAAACAAAUAACAAUAACAAAGCCGAAUGAAAACAUCGAAUACAAUAACUCUUCUCACAAAAAAUGUCUAACUUUAAAACCAUCUGAAACAAUCUAGAAUUUCUUCGAGAUAUCUAGUACUUUACCAAGUAUCUUUAUGUCCAAUCGGUAUGAAAUAAUAAAUUUCGUUAAUCAAUUCAGAAUGACUGUUUCAUGUUAUUUCACAGGAUUCAUUAUUCCAAUAGUGAGAAAAGAUUUUCAAAUUCGAUUCUGGGAUCAUAUGCAAAUUAAGCAUUCGAGUGUCAAUGAAAUCUAUAGAAAGAUGUGUAAUCCAAUUAUAUCACUUAGCUUCAUUGAUUAUCGAUUCAAGUGAUACAUUCGGUUGCAUCUACGUCAACUGAUGGUAAUAGUUAUAUUCCAAAAAUCUGAUCUCUUAUUAGAAAUAAAACAUUCUAACUCAAGUUAUUCAUUUAUUUAUUAUUCCAAAAACUACUAACAAUAGAUAAUGAACAAAUGCAUGGAAUCAUUCAAUCUUUGUGUAUAUUGAAGAGAUGCUUGAGCCUCAAAUAUGCACCAUUCUUUCUGCUUGACGUAGUCGCUCUAUAUCUGGAUUUAGCAAAAGCUGCCAUGGACUUAAAACAUUUGAUCCAGAGGUUAUUCUAUCUAGGCCAUCCAUGGAUUCCCCUAAAAAAUUGGCACAGUCUACUGAUCACCCAUGGCUCAUACUCUAUAUUGAGCAUUUUUUCACAACUACUAUUUGUUUUUAUAUUGUAAUCUAGAAUUCUCUUUACUCUAUUGACUAAAAUUUAUAUUGCCUUAAUUUAUGUACAAAGAUUUUAUCAAUAAAACUUCAUCGAAAAAUUUCAUUAUUGUAAAAAGUUGACCGAAAUCUUGUGUGGGUGUGAGUGUGAGUGGGAAUUUUUUGUUUCCAUUUCUCAAAACUCACACCCACAUCUACAUCUCGAUUUUAUUACAAUUCAUUUUUCCUAUUGCUACGAAAUCGGGAAAUCAGUGCCUUUUUAGUGAAAUUCUAAGUAGAAACAUUCCAGAUAGACUUAUUCAUAUGAUAUUGUAUUUUGACGAAAACAGAUUCAUCAGUUUCUGCCCUCUCCUUACUCACUUAAAUUUCACAUGUCGAAUUUGUUUCAUUAGUUAUGUAAUAAUUACUACCUGGUAUCCACAAAUUUUUGGAUUGUGUUAUAAAUAGUCUCCGUGAAAUUCUAUCUCUGGUGAACAUCUUGCUGAGAACUUUGUACUAAAGUUACGAAACAUUUCAGAUCCAUGAACAUUUCUCUCGUAACUCCUGUCAAAAGCCAUCUCUAAUAAUUACCUUUAAUUCGAAAUAAUUCCUGAAAUCUCCUUAUAGCAACUCUUUGAGGAAUCCAUGAGAAUUUGUUUUAGAAGGAUCUGAUUGUUGAAAGGACUGUCUUGCUACAGGAAUUUUUUUAAUCGUAAUAUAAUCUUGCUGUGCGGGUGUGGGUGUGGUUGCGAUUGUAGUAGAACACAGCUAUAAUGCGCACACCUAUCUUGGGUGUGGGAUGUGUGGGUGUGGGUGUGGGUGUGGGUGUGGGUGUGGGUGUGGGUGUGGGGUGUGCGUGUGGGUGUGGGUGUAGGUGUGGCUGUGGGUGUGGGUGGGUGUAGGUGUGGGUAUGACUAUGGGAUGGAUAUGGGUGAAGUGCUGCACUAAGUGAACAGCAACACCCACACCCCAUUCCCAUACACCCGCGACU